AUGGAGCGUAUUUUUCAGGUUAUGGAAUGCGAUGCCAACAUGAAGCUCCUAUAUGCGGUGUACAUGUUACAGGGGGAUGCUGCUGACUGGUGGAGUAAUGUUAGAAACCCACUUGAGUGCCAAGGUUAUGUUAUUACUUGGCCAUUAUUUGAGAGGCAUUUUCUGCAAAAGUACUUUCCUGAAGAAGCCAGGGAAAGGAAGAAGAGUGAGUUUGAAGACCUCCGGCAGGGAGGCAUGACUGUGGAUGAAUAUCUCAGCAAGUUCAACCGCUUGGAAAAAUAUUCUUGUUAUGGUAGAACUCCCCUCACUCCAGAAGACAAGGCCUUUCGAUUCAGGAAGGGUCUGAAUGAUAUGAUAGCAGAAAAACUGGCGGGUCGUUGCACCAGAAAUUUUGUGGAGUUGAUCAAGCAGUUCCAGAAUAUUCAGGAGCACUAUC